UCAAAGUUCCAGAAGCAGCCGAGAAGACCACAGCGUUUGAUUUGACAAACAAAACAAAGGCCAGAGUCAAGAAAGAAGAAAUUAAUUAUGAUUAAAGAAGUAGAAAUGUAGAAUCUUAUUUUGGAUAAGAUAAUUAUUUUUCCAUUUCUCCAUCUUUGCGGCUCCCAACAAAUAACAUUUCUUGUACGCAUGAAAUGGAAAAAAAGUUCAAUCACAAUACAACAUAACAUAACCCACUGAAUAUCCAACUCUCGUCGGUCUCAUUUUCUCUGUGAAUAUCCAUUUGAUAAUGUUUCUGUUUUUCGUUAUAUAUCUCUUUUUAAUAAACGAAAAUAGAAUUCUAGGAUUCUCCAUAACCAUGAAUUUGAAGAUAGUAAAACAAGCGGAAGGAAAUUGAAAAGCGAAACAACUAAAAUUUUUACAAAUAAAUUGGGAAGGAGAAACAAGGAAAAUAAAGUAUAAGAAAUGGGCCCACACUUUCUUUUUGAAAUCAAAAGGCAAAAGCCAUUUGUUUUGGUAAUAAAUUUUGUUGACCAAGAUCGAUUUCACCAGAAUACAAAAUCAAUGUCAAUCUCAUUGAAAGUUAAAAUUUUUUGACAAGGCCAUGAUUCAUGUAGAGCUGGAUAAGGUUCAAGAACAUUUUAAAAAAUUUCACAUGUUGGAAAUCUUGUCAAGUCAACUCCGGCAUUAUUUCAACCCUGGCCGACGGCCCACGCCAAAUACCCCACCUGCUCGAUCGCUUUCUGCGCUUGGUCUUAUCGCCAGAUUUUCUUCCAAAUCAGGGUGCUUUCAAAUCCACAUCCUAGAUCUUCUUCUUUCCACUCCCCCAUUCUCAACUUAUUCGCUUCAUACCCAAUUCGCAUCUCUCUCUCUCUCUCUCAGUAAUUUCAUCGAACACGUGGUAGGCUUUUUCAGAUGAGAACCAAAUCGCACAAUCAGAGCAAAUUUCUCCGAUUCGUUACACUGCCCUUCAGAGCUCUGGGCAAGGCCAAGGAUUUCUAUGUCCGAAGCGUCAUGGAUUGCGCCCCCAAGGUUAGUUACGGCUACCCAUCUGGCCAAUUGCCCGUCUUGCCCAAGAGCUACAGCGCCCGCUCCUGCAGAUCCAACGAAACAGAGGAUUUCAGAGAGCUUGUUAAGGCCGCUUCCGUCAGAAGCUUGGAUAUUAAAGAAAUCGACGCCGAUAUUGUUUUGCAGCAGAGGCUGAGACAGUCCACCGCCGUGCACGCAUCAUCCAGGGGGCCGCUGCCUAAAAGUUGCAGCGUUGGGAUGGGCAGGAUCGAUGAAGAUAGCGCUUGCGAGUUUGAAGAUGGCGCCGAGGAGAAGACCGAUUUGGCUUAUUCGAGAAGUAGAAGCUACGCUGUUACGAAGAAAACAGCUGGGUUUUGAUUAGGGUUUCAAUUGCUCGUCUUCUGCAAAUUGUUCAUUUCCCAUGUUAGGAAUUUUUUAAUAAAAUGGGAAGCCAAGAGGAUAAAUUGUUCCAAUGCUUGGAGAAUUUUUGUUCUUCUGUGGCCUUGUAGAUAAAAUAAGUGGUGAUUUUUCCUUUGUUUUUUCUGGGUUCUAGAUACAAAAUAUUGAGAAAUGAAUUGUCGAUUCAAGUUGGAGACAUUAUUCUGAAUUCUGAAACAUGCCUUAUUUUUAAUAAUUAGCAAAGUUUCCGAUUCAGUGUCAUGUUGUUUUCUGGCGUCAGGAACAGAUAACGAUGCAAAUAUUCCCUCUC